AUGCUGUGGUGCGAUAAAAUGCCACCAGAUCGCAAGGUCACGGUGUUAGGCCCUGAAAAGUGCCUGCACGGGCUUGUGUCGAAAGAUCAGCUACUUGGGGUCCCGAAAAAAUUAGGCGCCGUCCAAUCCCUGAUCCAUGCCGACCUGUGGCGCUGCAACGUUCUUUGGACGGAUUCGGCCAAUGGGGAGCACCAUCUGGACGCCGUGCUCGACUGGCAGGGCUGGCGACCGGGUAACCCUGGCGAAGAUCUCGCCAAGCUGUACCUCUUCGCGUUGGAGAACGAGUCGAGGAAGGAACAUUGGGCCGAGCUGCUCCAUUACUAUUACAACCAAUACAAGCAGUAUCACGGUGAAAAGACACCUGCAUAUACGGAAGAACAGAUCCAAAAAGCGUUCCGACUCUCCCUACCGGCCUGUGCGUUAAUCGUCUUUAGCUACAACCCUCGAAAUCAUGAAAAUGAUAUCAAGAAGGGCUUGCCAGGCGUAUCUCUA